GGUUCUAGAUUUUAUGAAAAUGAACUUAAAAAAGAUCAACAAGUUAACCAACGAAUUGAAAAAAUGAUGCAGCUAAAAGAGAAAAUUACAACACAACAGCUCUUGAAAGCACAGCUGCAGGUGGACAAACUUGUGAUAGAACUGGAACAGAGCCGUAACCUUAGCAGUACGAUUGUACACAUUGACAUGGAUGCCUUCUAUGCAGCUGUGGAAAUGAGAGACAAUCCAGAGCUGAAGGAAAAGCCUAUAGCAGUGGGAUCAAUGAGUAUGUUGUCCACUUCAAAUUACCACGCUAGGAGAUUUGGUGUACGUGCAGCCAUGCCUGGAUUUAUUGCGAAAAAGCUAUGUCCACAUCUAACUAUAGUACCAUUAAACUUUGAGAAAUACAGCAAAGUGAGUAAAGAGGUUAGAGAAAUACUGACCGAAUAUGAUUCCAAUUUUAUGCCUAUGGGCCUAGAUGAAGCCUACCUGAACAUAACAGAGCACUUGGAGGAAAGACUGAACUGGCCUGAAGAUAAGAGAAGAUUCUUUUUUAACACAGAAAGCACUACACAAAAAGAUAAAGAUGGUAUAAAUAUGUCUGCCAAAUUUAAUGAAGAUGGAUACUCUUCUUCACCGGUACUGUUUGAAGACAGCAUACCUCUGAUAGAUGGCCAGCCUGAACAAAGAGAUCAGUCAGUGGAAAAUUCAAUUGUCUUUGGAACUUCUGCAGAGGAAGUUGUAAAGGAAAUUCGCUUUAGGAUUGAGCAGAAAACUCAACUGACUGCUAGUGCAGGAAUAGCGCCGAAUACAAUGUUAGCAAAAAUGUGCAGUGAUCGUAAUAAACCUAAUGGGCAAUGCAGAAUUGCUCCUGAGAGACAAGCAGUGCUAGACUUCCUAAAAGAUUUGCCCAUUAGGAAGGUGCCAGGUAUAGGAAAAGUAACAGAGAAGAUGCUAAAAGCCCUUGGAAUUGUGACUUGCUCGGAACUUUACCAGCAGAGGGCACUGCUUUCUCUUCUUUUUUCGGAAGCAUCUUGGCGUAAUUUCUUGGAUAUUUCCCUUGGUUUGGGUUCCACACAUUUGGAAAAGGAUGGAGAAAGAAAAAGUAUGAGCACUGAAAGAACAUUCAGUGAAAUAAACGCAGCAGAAGACCAGUACAGCUUGUGUCGAGAACUCUGCAGAGACCUUGCUCAGGAGCUACAGAAAGAGGGACUUAAGGGUAAAACUGUUACCUUGAAGCUAAAGAAUGUGAACUUCGAAGUAAAAACAAGAGCUUCAACUGUGCUGUCUUCUGUUUCUACUGAGGAGGAAAUAUUUGCUGUUGCUAAAGACUUGUUAGGAACAGAAAUAGAUAGUGUUGCUCCUCACCCUUUACGGAUAAGACUUAUGGGUGUACGAGUAUCAGGAUUUCUAAGUGAAGAAGAGAAGAAGUACCAACAAAAAAGCAUUACGAGUUUCUUAAAAUCAGGAGAAGAAAUUGGUUUUCUUAGGCUUCAGCCCGGGAAGUCCCACCAAGAAUAUUUCACAAAAAAAUCAGAAGCAUCUCCCAGAGGGAGUUUUUUUGAUAAAAAGCGAGCUGCAAGGCAGCUAAACAGUGAGAAUCUUUCUCCAAAUGAAACUGUGGGUAAGCAGCUCUUUCAUGACAGGAAAUCAUCAGCAAAUCUUGUGGAAGAAACAAAGAAAGUCACAGACUUACAGAAUUCUAAUGUGUGUAAGAUCUUCACCUGCCCUGUUUGCUUUGAGAAGCAAAGCAGCAAUAAUUUGGAAGAGCUUAACAGGCAUAUUGAUGAAUGCCUCAAUGGGACUGUUGUAAAAGGUAUCAUGGAAAUAUCCAAGAAUGACAAUUCAAGAGAAAAUACACUUAACUUUCUUCCACAAUUUAAAAAUGAAAACGUUGAUGAAUGUCAAAAAAAUAAAACAGAUCAAUUGGCACAAACAGACCAGUCUGCAAGUACAUCUGACAACUCUACUAGCAAUAGCACAGAAAAAUUCACUCAGGUAAUAUCUGAUAAACUGCGCAGAGAAAGACAGCCUAGCAAUCUCAGUGAUAUUGCUAGAAACGUGUGUAUGAAACAGUGUCUUUUCCCCAAAAGAAUUUCACAAGACAAGGAAGACCAUUUUGAAAAGACUGAACAUACAGAAGAAACUAGUUCAUCCUGUUUCUUUGAAGCCAAAGAGGACAAUGUUCUUGUUUGUCCAGUUUGUAAUUCAGAACAGAAAACCACCAGUCUUGUGUCAUUUAACAGACAUGUGGAUGUCUGCUUAAAUAAAGGCCUUAUCCAGGAGCUGACAGAAAAAAAAGAUUUUCCUACUAAGACUUACAAUAUGGAAAACUCAAAUAGAGUUGGAGGUUUAAGCAGAGGACAGCAAUGCACAAAUCCAUCACAAGGAACAAAAAGGUCUGGACUAACAACUUCACAGUCAGUAUCAAAAAAGGCCAAGUCAAGCAAUUCCAAGCAUACAAUUGAAAUGUUUUUUAAAUGACUCUGUAGGAAUAUAUUCUAUAUGAAGUAUUUCAUAGUGUUUUAUAAUUGCAAUUAAAUUUAGCAUUGAUGGUAGGCUGGAUUCAGGUGCCUGUCACUUGGGAGCCAUUGCAUGCCUGUGUAAAAAGAACAUGGUGUUUGAGGUAGAACAGGUGCAACUGAAGUAUUUCUUUCUU